AUGUCGUCACCUAAUCCAAAUUAUCGUCCAUAUUAUGGAUCAAUAAUAUCAUAUUCAUCUCAAACACCCCCUUAUUAUUCUUCUACUCCCACGGGAAAUGAAAUUGUUCCGAUUGUUGAACUUGAUGAAUUUCCUACACAAGUGACUCUUGGUGCCAUGAGCGGUGGUCAAGGAGCCACUCCAAAUGCAGAGGAUUCAACUCCUGUUCGCCGAAAAAACCCCAAAUGGUCCACUGAUCAAAAUUUGGUUCUAAUUAGUGGGUGGAUUAAAUAUGGAACAGACAGUGUUGUUGGGAGAAAUCAAAAAAGUGAUUCAUAUUGGGGUAAAAUUGUUGAUUACUAUAACGAGCAUUGCUCAUUUGAUCCUCCCCGUGAUGGAGCUGCGUGUAGAAAUCAUUACAACUACAUGAACAAAAUACUUAAUAAAUGGACCGGUGUUAUGAUAACGCUAAACGUAUGCAACAAAGCGGGUGGUCGGAGAAUGAUUCAGGUUGGAGAAAAUAUUGGAUCUGGAAGUAGUGGAUCUAAGAGAGUCCACGAGAGUGAUGCAAGUGAUUCCAACACCGUAGGAUCUAGUGCUCGCCAAAUGGGGACGGAUGCAACUAAAAAAAGGGAGAAAGAGUUGGAACGAUUGGACAAAAUAGCCAUGAGGCAAGAGGAGGCUAGCCAAUUAUUGAAAGAAAAUACUGAGGCUAAGAAGAUGAAGAUGUUUAUGAAGCUAAGUUCAAAGGACCAUCUCGAUGACCGGAGCAAUGAGUUGUUGGAAAAGUUGGAAAAAGAUCUGUUUGAAAAUUAUGUGUUGUCAAGUUAA